AUUCGUUGUGUUGUGGGAAAGGAUAGUGGUGCUAAAAUAGAAGAGUUGGCAAAACUUUCAAGUCUACGCGGAGAACUUUCCAUUCAGAAGUUAGAAAAUGUGGUCAGUAUUACCAAAGCAUCAGAUGGAGUCAAUGUACUGGAUAAGAAGAAACUUGAGAAAUUGAGUUUGAAAUGGGUUGUUAAUGAUGUUGUUGUUGAUCCGAAGCAUGGAGAGGUUGUGCUUGAAAUGCUUUCACCUAACACAACGUUGAAGCAGAUCGAGAUUCUUGGUUAUCCAGGGACAAAAUUUCCAAAUUGGGUUGGGGAUGAUUCGUUCAGCAACAUUGUUGACAUAAAUCUUAGGGGGAGUCGGCAUUGCUCCAAUUUACCACCACUUGGGCAACUGCCUUCACUAAAAAUUCUACACAUUUCAGCUUUUGAUUCAGUAACGACUGUGGGUGCUGAGUUUUACGGGAAUAGUUCUGCGAAGAAGAAGCCAUUUUCAUCGUUGGAAAUCUUAAUUUUCGAGCACAUGUCAGCAUGGAAGCAAUGGCACUCAAUGCAAACUGAAGAUGCAGCAACAUAUGGAAAGCUCAAAACACUUGAGAUUAAAUAUUGUCCUAAGCUCAUUGGGGAAUUGCCUCGCUUCCUUCCUUCAUUAACAAAGAUUGAAAUUGAUGCAGAUGAGCAGUGUGCUUUAAAUAUCCCAAGAUUACCUUGUGUCACAGAAAUGGGAAUUACGAAAUUGGAAAAUGUGGAAUCAUUGUACGAGGCAAUAAAGGCAAUGAAUCCUUCUUCUUCGACUGGAAGUUUGCUUACCACUCUCACUCCUCUUCAGUCACUUACUUUGAGAAACUGUGGGUCAUCCUUUAGAUCAUUCCAUAUGGAUUUAUUUCCCACUCUCCGAACUCUUGAUAUAUACGACUGCGAUUACUUUGAAGCCCUCUCAAUGUCCGAUGGUCAAUGUCGGGAACUAACUUUUCUGUCUAUCUCUUGUUGUUGUAGCUUUGUGUCUUUCCCAAAUGGUGGACUUAUUGCUCCCAAACUGAGAGAAUUUCGGAUUUCUCUUUGCCCUGAAUUGAAGUGGUUGCCUGAGAAGAUGACUUCCCUCUCAUCUUUGAAAUCUUUGGAAAUGAGAGGUUGUCCGUUGGUAGAGACUAUUCCUGAAGGUGGUCUGCCCAUUAGUUUGUCUACACUUAGGAUAAACUAUCAUCAACUUUUGAGGAUAAAAUCGAAUUGGCAAACAUUACCCAAUCUCAGAAAUGUUAUAGUUGAAGGAGAUGAAGAAGAUUUGGAAUCAUUUCCGGAGGAAGGACUACUGCCUGCCACUGUCACCUCUCUUGCUAUCGAUACAUUUUCAAUUCUUAGAGGCCUGGACAAAAAUGGGCUGAGUCAACUCACCUCCUUGCAACGACUUUACAUCUUGUCGUGCCCUGAGUUGCAGACAUUAUCAGAAGAAGGGUUUCCAUCCUCCCUCAGCUUUUUGCAGAUAAUUCGUUGUCCUCUGCUGAAGAAAAUUUACGACACAAAGGAUAGUGAGAAUAAGGAGUACUGGAGAAAGAUUAAUCAUAUACCACAUGUCGAUAUUAUUUGAGCUUUGCAUUUACCAUAAGUCACAUCCCAAUCUUUCACACAACUACUCUGAAUGUUAAAUCAAAUAAUUGAGAAUUACUGUGAGAGCUACAACUGUUGAAAUCCAUAUCAGUUCAGAAUGGACCAAAAUAUCAAAAUGGGAACUCAGAACAAUAUAUUCACAGCUAGAUCAGCUUCUAUCACGGAGUAAUUUUAUGCUCACAAGUCUAUGGAUUCAUUUCAAGAGAUGGAAGUGUAAUAACCUGGAAUUUUUAUUUUAUUUUAUUUUAUGUAAGACAAAUUUUGUGAAUUAAUUUUUAUUAAGAGUUCGAAUAAUAAUUAGUGAAUAUUAUUUUAACUAAAUUUUAACUUAGAGGUCUGAAUAAAAAUGGGCUUAAACAUGGCUACCGUUCCUUUUUGUCGAACAGGGCUGACUUGGUUUUGCAGGAGUUUAGAGAGGAAAACUCUUAAGAAUUUUGAUUGAUUAUCCAAAAAGAAAUAUACAGCUAGCUAUAGGAUUUA